GUAUGCUGAAAAUUAAAUCAAAAAGAGUAAAAAUAGAUAGAUAUGGUUCUAAAAAUGGAAUUUUUGGAACCAUAUCUAAGUUGCAACGUGUCAAUUUCUCAUUUGUUAGUGUUUUUUUCUAAAAAAAAACCCACAAGGCCACAACGCUUCCUCAUUCCAAUCCUACGCUUCGUUUCAAUUUGGAACCCUAAUUGGUGAAUUACCAAGGAUGGAGUUUGAUGGAGAAGACGGUAGAGGAAGGAGAUGGAUUGAACAGGAAGAAGGAAGAUAGCGGUAACGAGAAGAGCGACGGUGGAGAACGGUGGAGGCAAGAGAAGGGAUCGGGAGAACUCACGACUUCCACCGGCAAAACUAUAUGAGCUCCGGCUACUUUGAUUCUUGCUCCGACGGCUCUUCCGGUCUCCAAUUGGAGCUCCGACCGUGGAGAUUAAAAACUUUCGUCCUUUGUUCCAGCCAUCUGCGAUCUGCUUGCAUGUACAGAGAGGUGAACUUUUCGUAUCAUGAAGCCAGAGAACAAAACCUAACUAACAAAGAUGGUCUCGUCCUUUACUAAUUUUGAAAGAGAUCCCAAACAGGUAACUUCAGUUCUCUUUUGAAAUUGGUUGUUAGAUGUUAACUAGGGCAGCUUGUUCAGUCUACAUCAAAUUUACUUAAGUGAUCAAUGCUUGGUAGAGUCUAGUAUCUUGGUAGUUACUCAAGUGAUCAAUGCUUGGUAGAGUCUAGUUACUUAAUGUGAUCAAUGCUUGGUUGUUUUUAGAUUAGGUAAGACUUUAUUGCUAACACCACACACUUGAAACACUUAAACACACUCACACUUCUGAUAAAUGAAAGCAACACACUUACACUUUAAACACUUCAACACACUUAAACACAGCUCGUCCUUGUUCAUCUCUUUGUUUCUCCAUUGCUCUUUCAUUUUCUAUCUCUUUCUUUAUCCUUUGCUGUGUCCUUUACCAUUUUUUUUGUUUUUCUCCUUUUCUCAUUUUUCUGAAAAACUACUUCACUCUUUCCUUCUCCUUUCUCCACCAGAAAGUAGGAAUGGAUUCUUCAAAUCCAUUUACUCAGUCUUCAGGUUUUCUGGAUCUGUUAAGUAGCCAACAGUGUGAUCCUGUCUCACAAAGCAUAGCUCUUGGAUCUUCAGAAGUUCCUCUUUUUAGUUCCCAGUGGACUAAUGCUCCAACUCAAGCUGAAGAGACAACUGAAGACAGAAGAGGCAAAAGGAAUUGGUCACAAAAGGAAGAUGUGGUGCUCAUAAGUGCUUGGCUUAACACAAGCAAAGAUCCGGUCACAGGGAAUGAGCAAAAGGCUGGCUCCUUUUGGAAAAGAGUUGGAGCUUACUUCAAUGCAAGUCCUCAUCUUGUUGGUAUGCCAGAUAGAGAGGUUGGUAACUGUAAGCAAAGGUGGUCCAAUAUCAGCGACCAAGUCUCCAAGUUUGUUGGCUCGUUACGUGCUGCAACAAGUCAGCAGUCAAGUGGGCAGAAUGAUAAUGAUGUAAUGAAGCUUGCUAAUGAAAUCUAUCACCAUGAUUAUGGUGCCAAGUUCACACUUGAGCAUUGUUGGAGAGAGCUCAAAAAUGAACAGAAAUGGCUGGCAACUUUUGGGACAGAUAACAGCAAGUCAAAAAGAAGGAAGGGUGAAGCUGGUUCUCAAGCUUCUGUCUAGUCAUCAAGCCAUGGAAAUCAAGAAGAGGCUCGUCCUGAAGGUGUUAAGAAGGCAAAGGCAAGGUUGAAGGCUCAAAGGAGUGCCCAAGAGAUGGAAGCGACCAGCAGCAAGUCUGUGGAGAAGUUGCAAGAGAUGUUUGAGAUAAGGAACCAGGAUCAUGAAUUGAAGAAGCAGGACUUUGAAAUGAAGGAGAAGCUUAAUAAGUAACAUAUGUUUAGUGAGAUUGAAUUGGCUUUGAAGAACAAACUAAUAAGUGAUAUGUUGUCAUAAGCAUCUAUGAUGUCUAUAGAGUCAGUCUGCUUCUGCUUCUGCUUAUGUAUUUGUUUAUGGGGUCAGUUUGUUGUUGUUUAUUGAAUCAGUUUGCUUGUCUAUGUUUUGAUUAUGUCUUAUGUUUUAAAAGUCGGAUGAAUGAUGUAUUUUCACUAUCUAUGAACUUGUUUUAGUAAUGGUUUAAAACUGAAUCAUGAGAAGCUUUGGUUUUGUCUACCAUGUGUUUUUAAUCUCUAACUAAAAAUAUUGGUUAAUUAAGAUGUCUAAAUAAUAAUUAAAAGAAAACAGGAGGAGGGAAGAAGGUAACGAGUGGACGUAACUCUAGACGGAGGAGAGACGUGGAGUGUGUGUGAGCUUGACCAUUAAGAGAUGCUGAACAAGUAUGGCAAGUGGAUCAGCUUCCGAGGAUCGACGCACAGCUUGCCCAGUCGCAGAGCGUGGUGGCAACUUAACUUCCAAGGAUCGACGCACAGCUUCCGGUGAUGAUAAGGAGCUUGACCACUUCAUGGUAACUUAACUUCUCCUUCCUUCUCACCAUAUUUUUAUUUUAUUUUCCAUUAUUUAAUUUUGUCUUGUCUUUUAGUUUAUAGUUUCACGGUUUAUAGUUUAUCAUGGUUGGACAGAUGAUUUUAUUUUGAGAUAUAGUUUGGUUGAACGAUACAUUGGUCGUAGUAAUGAAUAUAUUCAUCUGACUUCUGGAUAUAUUUAUAUAACAUUUGUUACCUGCCUGAGUUCAAUUUGUGGUACCAGAAGACCCCACCUCGGUUCUCAAAGCUUGGUGGCAGUCUUAUUCAAAGUGGCCUUACCCUACUUUGAUGUUUGACUAUGUGUUGAAAACAGGGGAUGAUGAACAACUGAUGGUGUAUACUCAAGAAGAAUCUAGUUAAGCUAAUGGAGAGAGGAUGUAAUUGACAUGGGAAUUGUAUUCAUGUUACUUUAGCUUUGCAUUCGGUUGUCUUUAGAAUUGUAAUUUUGUUUAUGAUUUCUCAAUCUAUGAUAAAUGUUUUUAUGUCAAGUUAAUUUAAAUUUUAUGUAAUUCAAUAAUUAUAAGUUUUUUUUAAUUAUAGAGUGUGAUGCAAGUAAUCUAUUAUUACUAGUUUUCAAAUUUUUGAAACUUAGAACCUUUAAUUGGUUCUAUCAUUGGAGGGGUUAAAACUAAACAAGUAUCUAAAAUUUUUAAUUUGAUUAUUUUCAAUUAAAAAAUGAUUUAGAACUCUAAGACCAUAUCUAUUGUUGGAGAUGGUCUAAUGUGUUUGGUUUUCUAAAACAAUAUUAAUGUGGGUCUCACAAGACCACCAUUUAAGCUAAGCCACUGAAAUUUAAGUUUUUUUCUUGAUUUAAAGUUUUCAAAUUAAAAACAUAAACUAUUACAU